AUGUUCGCCGAGGCAGCAUCGAGAGAGGAAGCGCACUCGAAACAGGUGCGGUCGGAUGGAGACACAUUCGUCCGGCGAAGCAGUUGGCCAAAAUCCGGUCGGGUCGGAAACGUCGAGUUUUGGUCAGCGAAACUGAAAGCAACGAUAAGCGGGGGGUCGGGCGACUGGCACCGACAUCGCAGGGCAGGAGCGAAAUCCGCCAUCGUGCUGGCACGUGCAACCCUCGACCACCUGACCGACCUCAAUAACUCGCACGAAGAAUAG